CGCGCCAUGCAGGGCCCCGCGGGCAACGCCAGCCGCGGGCUGCCGGGCUUGCGGCCGUCGGCGGGGGCGCCCGGGCCGGGCCGCUGCGAGAGCGGCGCCCUCAUGCACGGCUUCGGCAUCUUCCUGCAGGGGCUGCUCGGCGUCGUGGCCUUCAGCACCCUGAUGCUCAAACGCUUCAGAGAACCAAAGCACGAAAGGCGGCCGUGGAGAAUAUGGUUUUUGGACACCUCCAAACAAGCCAUAGGAAUGCUCUUCAUCCACUUCGCAAACGUGUACCUGGCGGAUCUCACGGAAGAGGACCCCUGUUCGCUGUACCUCAUCAACUUCCUCCUGGACGCCACCGUGGGCAUGCUGCUCAUCUACGUGGGUGUGCGCGCCGUCAGCGUCCUGGUGGAGUGGCAGCAGUGGGAGUCCCUGCGCUUUGGUGAAUACGGAGACCCUCUGCAGUGCGGCGCCUGGGUCGGCCAGUGUACUCUCUAUAUCAUUAUCAUGGUGUUUGAGAAGUCUGUCGUCUUCAUCGUCCUCCUCAUCCUCCAGUGGAAAAAGGUGGCCCUGCUGAACCCCAUCGAGAACCCUGACCUAAAGUUGGCCAUCGUCAUGCUGAUCGUGCCCUUCUUUGUCAACGCUCUCAUGUUUUGGGUUGUGGACAAUUUCCUCAUGAGAAAGGGAAGGACGAAAGCCAAGCUGGAAGAGAGAGGCGCUAACCAGGACUCAAGGAAUGGGAGCCGAGUCCGCUACCGGAGGGCCGCAUCCCACGAGGAGUCAGAGUCUGAGAUCCUGAUCUCAGCCGACGACGAGAUGGAGGAGUCCGACGGGGAGGAAGACCUCCGCAGACUGACCCCCCUGAAGCCCACGAAGAAGAAGAAGCACCGCUUCGGGCUGCCUGUGUGAGGGCCACGGCCCGGGGGGUGGGGGACCACCUGGCAGGCCACCCUCCCCUCCCGCCCCUCCUCUUCUACCUCCUCGCCUCUCACUGUCUGCCCACCCCCGACCACUGUGACUUGAGCCAGGGGGGCCGAGCCAGCCUGUCGGAGGUCUGGCUCAGUUGCACUACAAACAGUGACCAAAUAUGCAAGUUUUGAUUGUUGUCUCUGCCCGCUCUGCGAGGCCUGCAGUGCCAGAAGGGAGCCCCCACCUUGUGUCUGGCAGGGUCACAGUGGAGCCAGGGAGGAAGAAGCAGCCCACUCCCCACAGCUCAGACUCAGGAGCUGUGAGGACAAGCCGUGUUGGGGGUGGGACGACACCCCGAGACCCAGAGGGGGGAUCCGCAGCGCUUUCCGGCUCUGACACACCUUCCUUAACGAACGACUGAUUCCUGAGGCCCAGUUUCCUGAGAGCUUCCAGUGUUAACGCUUCGGUUUAGGCCCCCCCGUCCCUGUCCCGUGGGAUCAACGGGCUUAAAAGAGAUUUUUAAGUCUUCCAUAUGCUGUUGACUUUUAUAUUUUUAAGUUAUAUUUUCAUACUAUUGUAUUUAAAAAACUUUUGAAUCCCUCCAAA